AUGCCGCCGCCGCGUUCUCGCCCUCGACUCUCCCUCGUCUCGCAACUCUUCCAGAAUCCGCAAUCUCGACAAUACGCCUCGUUGCACUCGCCAGACAUUGAACUUGCGGAGGCGAAACGGUCGGAAGACACACUCGCGUCCAGGAGGCAAACCGUCGCUCCGUCCCGGCCUCUCUUCCCGUUUCUACCGGCCAGCCUCAUCCCUCGCCAGAAAGAGCACAAGCACCACCACUUCAGCAGAUGCGACGUCUUCGUUACGACACUUGUGCUCGCUGCUCUCGCGCUGGUCGUCGUAGCUUUCGCGCUGUCCGAGAGCAACCCGGCGGUAAUGUUCAUCGAGACGGCCGCUUCGUGCACCGCUUGCGCGACAGCACUGGCGCCGCUCAAGGUACUAGCACACGCAGGAGAUGACGCGUUCACGGGCGUGAUCGUCGAGUUCUGCAUCGGCUCAGCUGCGAGUCGACCUUUCCUUGCCCGAUAUUCUCAACAACUCGCUAACAAUCCAUUCCUUCGCUCACCUUCGCAGAUGGCCGACCCAGACGUUUGCCGAGGCGCCAUCGGAUCCCAAGCCCCCAUCCUCGCCCACAGCCUUCGCUCGCUCUCCGUCCAUUCGCCCGGCGCAACUCGUCUCUGCACAAACGUCUUCGGCCUCUGCCCCAUCACCGCCGUUGUCCCGCACAAAGUCGACCUGCCGCCCGAACCGCAGGCCGUCCCGUCGAAAGAGUUUGCGCGGAGGUCGAAGCUGGGAGAGACGGGUUUGAGGAGGAAAUGGGAGGAUGAGGCGCACGACGGCGAUACAUUCCAGGUCGUUCAGAUCAGCGACGUGCACAUCGACAAGGAGUACCUGGUGGGCGCCUCGGACGAUUGCACGAAGCCGAUUUGCUGUCGCGAUUACGGUCCUUCUUCAACUGGACUGGAUGUCAAGACUCCUGCAGAACCGUUCGGGAACCGCAAAUGCGACGCGCCUCAAGCUCUCAUGGACAACCUCCUCGCAGCCGUCGAGCAGAUCGCCCCGAAUCGGUCUUUCACCGUCUUCAGUGGCGAUGUUAUUGACGCUGCUAUAUGGGACGCGACAGAAGAGCGAGUGCUCGACGGGUUGCAUGACUUCAGCGUCAGUCUUGCGAGCUGGAGCCUGCCGGCGAACAGUACCUCGAGAACGACGAGCGCAGGGAAGCCGAUCUACCCCGUGCUCGGCAAUCACGAUAUCGGUCCCGUCAACGCCUUUGCGCUCGACCCUACGAUCAACGCGGCGAGCGCCACGAACGCGCAGCAGAUCUACAACCUGUCGGCAAGCGACUGGCGACGCUGGAUCGGUGACGAGGCGGCGAACCAAGUCUUGACCAACUACGGCUGCUACUCGCUCGUACAUCCCGGCACCAAGUUGCGCAUCAUCAGUCUCAACACGAACUACUGGUCGGAACAGAAUUACUGGCUCUACGUUAGCGACUGGCCGGAGUGGGACCCGAACGGCAUCAUCAGCUGGCUCGCAAAGGAGCUGGACGCGGCGGAGAAGGCAGGUCAAAGGGCUUGGCUCAUCGGCCACAGUCCUCCAGGCCGUCGCGACGUCUUCCGCGAGCAAUCCAACUACGUCUACCAGAUCAUUCAGCGCUACCGCCAUACCAUUGCAGCUCAGCUCUAUGGUCACGCGCACUGGGACGAAUGGGAGCUCGGGUACGAGGACCCGAAAAAGCCCACGAGCGAGAGCGCCAUUGCGGUCGCUCUGCUUGCUGGGUCGGUUACGCCUCGCAGCGGAGACCCGGUCUUUCGAGUUUACCGUAUCAGCGCGACCUACGAGGUUCUCGACUUUACCGUCUACCACGCCGACAUGUUCGCCCCAGGCUACCAGCAAGGGCCGAGCUGGAAGCCGUUCUACUCGGCUCGCGACUACAAUCAGUUCCUCGACGCGCCGUUCCCGCCUAAUGCACCGCUGAACGCGACGUUCUGGAGCCUCGUAACUGACGCCCUGGAGAAGAACGACUCCGCCUGGGACGCCUUUGAGAAGUACGAUGCGCACGGAGCAUGGGGACGAGGCUGUAACGGCAAUGCGGCGUGCCGGAAGGAGCAGCUCUGCGUAUUGCGGGCGAUGCGAAGUGAGGACUCUUGCGAGGUAAUCAAACCCGGCUUCGCUCUCAACAAGCGCGACCUGAAUUCAUUCCAAGACGAGCACGCCUGCGAAGGUCCCGGACUCGGCAUGGUGCUUCGUCAAAUUGGCGCAGAGGCGAGAGCUGCGGGUGGGGAGGACUCCUUGACGGGGUUGAGACGCGAUCAGAGCUCUAAGACGCUGCUGUCCGCCUUACAUCGACAGGCUGAGGCCGCGGUGCGCCGGUAUCGAGCCAGCAAGAAGAGAUGGUGGCGUGUCUGA